UUUAUUUUGUGCUUGUCGUCAGCUGAUUCUAUGAAAACAUAAUGACCAUGUUUGACAAUGCGGUGAUAGGUAGGCCAGUUGAAACGGAGAUAGUACUUUAAAAAUAUUAAAACAAAAUGGCUUUCGUUAUAUCUCUAAACAGUUCUUGUUAAAUUAAGAGUUUAGUCUCGCGCGCGGUGUUUUUCCUUCAACAAGAUUUUCGCCACAGGCUUACUUGCUAGAACUGCAUGCUCAGCAUUCAUGGUCAUUGUUUUUGAAGUGACAGCGAACAACUGGACAGAACACGAUGGCCAUCCAAAAUGAGGAGACAAGACGAUUGCUCGAUGCAGAGGAUGGAGAAGAUGAGACAGCAGUGAGGUCGGAGCAGGACGAAUAUCUUGACAAGGUGAAGAAUGGAAAGCUUUUCCUGGCAUCUUUUGCAGCUGUCCUCGGUCCUUUGAGCUUUGGUUUUGUGUUGGGCUACAGCUCCCCUACCAUCCCUGAACUAAGCGUGAUCACUGACUCAAGGUUACAACUAGACGAUGAAGAGGCUUCUUGGUUUGGGUCUAUAGUGACCAUAGGAGCUGCAAUAGGGGGUCUCCUUGGCGGUUGGAUGGUGGACAAAAUUGGAAGAAAGCUGAGUCUCAUGUUCUGCGCCAUACCUUAUAUCUUUGGUUUUACCGUCAUAAUUGCCGCUCAGAAUGUGUGGAUGCUGUAUCUGGGUAGGGUACUCACAGGACUGGCAAGUGGGAUUACAUCACUUGUGGUGCCACUAUACCUCUCUGAGAUGGCCCACGAGCGUGUCCGCGGAACUGUGGGCUCUUGUGUUCAGCUGAUGGUGGUCACAGGAAUCAUGGGAGCAUAUAUAGCAGGGCUUUUCCUAGACUGGCGCUGGCUGGCAAUCUUCUGCUCGAUCCCUCCAACCCUGAUGUUGGUGAUUAUGUGCUUCAUGCCCGAGACCCCCAGGUUCCUGCUGUCUCAGGGCAAACGGAGGGAAGCCGUGGAGGCACUCCGCUUUCUGAGGGGCCCAGACGCGCCGGUAGAGUGGGAGUGUGACCGCAUCGAAGAGGCUUCUGAAGACACUCGAGGCUGUUUGGGGAUGGCUGAUCUUAAGGACCCUGGGGUGUACAAGCCCCUUGGAGUGGGUAUAAUGUUGAUGCUCUUCCAGCAGCUUACUGGGAUCAACGCCAUCAUGUUUUAUGCUCAGAGUAUCUUUGAAAAUGCCCACUUCAAGAACAGCGACGUUGCUACUGUGGUAGUAGCGGGAACCCAAGUAGUAUUCACGGCAGUUGCAGCAUUGGUCAUGGAUCAUGCCGGGAGGAAGUUUCUCCUCAUCCUCUCAGGAAUUUCCAUGUGCCUAAGCACUGCUGCCUUUGGCGUCUAUUUUAAGUUGUCCACUGAAACCCAUGGCAACUCAUCAGGGCUUGGCAUAGAAGAGUACUUUGCCCAUGACCCUGCAGCUGAUCUGUCCUGGCUGGCACUAGCCAGCAUGGGCAUCUUCAUCACAGGUUUUGCUCUUGGUUGGGGUCCUAUCCCCUGGCUGGUGAUGUCAGAGAUCUUUCCCUCACGAGUAAAGGGGUUUGCCAGCUCUGUAUGUGUCCUCACCAAUUGGGGCACUGCCUUCCUGAUUACCAAGACAUUCCAGGACCUGAUGGACCUCCUAAGCAGUGCAGGGACCUUCUGGUUCUUCUCAGGGUGUUGUGCACUCAACGUAGUGUUUACCAUCUUCUUUGUCCCCGAGACCAAAGGCCAAACUCUGGAGCAGAUACAGGCACGUUUCAAAGGGACUACAGAACAAUUGAGCUACAAUAGACAAAGUUGACACCAACACCAAAUGUAGCAUCAACAAGGACAGCACUACUUUUUGUGGUGUCUCGUGAUAUCUUGUGGAUAGUCCUCUGAGUAGUUCUGAUAGUUCUCAGACUUGAAAAAGUAUAAGUGGUUGCAGCUGACUGUUUUGCUCUACUGUCUGAUUUAAUAUUGGGUCCUGCCAUCUGAGCCUUUGGCCAAUCCUGAAUUAAGGCUGAAUCUCUAUUAAUCUCUAAUGGUACUUAUUCAAAAGCCAAAUUCACUGGUAUAAUUCUAUUCACACAUCACACAUGUUAUUUUAUUUUUACAAUACUAGAAUAACAGCUUGUGAAUACAAGGUGACAUGAACUAAUCUCAGCUUUUCUUUUUUUUUGGAAUGAUUAAUUGUUCAUUUUUUUUUACUGUGGGGGUACUGUAAUAUGGGUUAUUGUUGCACUGCGAAUACAGGUGAAGCUUUUAAAAAGCAAUGCUGGGAGGAACAUCUACAACUGCUAAAUGGAUUAAGCUUUUAAACAUCAUCAAGGAAUCCAGAGAAACAAUAAUUCUGGUAUGGUUUAUAAUGAAAGCUUUUUUAAUACCUCAAGUAUGAAAUCUAUACAUUUGUAAGUGUGCAAUAAUGUCCUGAUAAAGGUUUACGUUUUCCAUUUUCAGAAAUGUUUUUAUUUACAGAGUAAGACAGAUGGAAAAAAAUAUACUUGUGUAUAAUUAUUAAGUUAUUAAUGCACACUUUAAUAUGUCAGAUGGUAUACUAUUUAUUGUCAGUGCCAAAAGAAAAAUUAUUUUAUGUAAUAAAGAGUUGUUCAUA